AUGUUACCCAAGCCCAACUUCACGCACAUAACCUACUGUGUUUGGCGCCUUCAAACCACCAAACACAGCAGGUUCUGUGCGUUCGCCACGCUCGUGGGUGAUGGAUCUGUGGUCUCCUGGCAUAGUGUCGACAGCAGUGCGGUCCAGCAUCAGCUGAAGAACCUGCAGCAGAUCCAAGCUUCUUACUCGGCAUCUGCUGCAAUCCUGGGCGAUGGAUCUGUCGUUACCGGGGGCAGUGCCGACCAUGGUGGCGACAGCAGUGCGGUGCAGGAUCAGCUGCGAGGUGUGCAGCAGCUCCAAGCUUCUUAUUCGGCAUUUGGUGCAAUCCUGGGUGACUGA